GGUUCAUCCCAUUGAGUUAGAGAACGCCCUCACGCGCGGACGAGAUGCUUUAGCACAGAGUGGUCUCAUUCUGACGGAGAUGUCAUUCAGGCAGGAUUUGUUCAAGCCUUCUGUGAUGAUCUCACUGAGGUAACAACUCACAAUUUUGGAAACCUCUUUGGGAAAAUAUUUCCAUUCAAAGAGCGAACAAUUUGACAAAUAUGUCCCUCGGCUCCAUAAGAAUGAAUAAGUGGUGCAGCUGUCCGUUCAGCGUUUCCACGCAACAGCGCAGGAUGCUGUGAAGCCACGGAAUACACGCGCGAGGGAUAGAUGCUGUAGCGGAGAGCGCGCCGGCACAGUAGAUAGAUCUGGACCCGGAGCGGCUUUUUUAGACCCGAUGGAGCGACAGGAUGAAAGCGACGAUGAGCUGUUCGGUGGCGCAAGUCGUCGUGAUGGCGCAGUGGAGCCCGGUUCUCCUGCUCUGGCUUGUGAACGCUCGUGUAGCCCACAGCGGAAGGUGUCUGGAACGAUGAGGAGGAACGACAACUACCUGCCAGUCGCUGGCGAGGAGAAGAACAUGGAUGUGGACUUUAUCAACACUGAUGCCAUGAGCAACGAGUCCAUACCCAUGAAAAAUCUAUACGCGGAUGAGGGCUCCCCUCUGUAUUCCCGGCUAGGCCCCUACUUCACUGAUGGCCGGCGGCGGGUGGACUACGUGCUGGCGUACCACAUCCAGAAGCCCAGCAGCAUCCGGCGCCAGCCCUCCAGGUUCGGCGACAACGGCUUCAUCCACCGGCUCCGGCGCAGCAUGAGCAUGAGAAGCAGCCGCGCGCCGCUGCAGCCAAAGGAAGACCCCGAGAUCGCCGCCCAGGAGCAACGGACGGACUACAACGAGAACGACAAGCGCUUCAGGCGGGACGAGUUUGAGGAAAACCUCCUGGAGACGGGGCUGCAGCUGGAAAAAGACGAAGGGAGUAAGAUCCCGGGAAUUGGCUUCCUGAAGGUCCAUGCUCCCUGGAACGUUCUGUGUCGGGAGGCCGAGUUCAUGAAGCUCAAGAUGCCGACCAAGAAGGUUUACGAGGUGAAGCAAGGCAGUAACGUGGUGGAGAAGAUCCGACUGUUCAUUCACAAAGUCACUGCUCCUCUCCACCCAAAAGUGGACGCCAACCGGCCACAAAGCGUCAAACCGCUGUCUCACCCUUUCUCCAGGGAGAAACAGCAUCUAUUUGAUCUUUCUGACCGGGACAAGUUCUUUGACAGCAAGACCAGGAACUCAAUUGUCUACGAGGUACUGAAGAGGACUAAAUGCACUAGAGCCAAAUACUCCAUGGGGAUUACCAGUCUGCUGGCGAACGGCGUCUACACAUCUGCUUAUCCUCUGCACGAUGGAGACAUCGAGGGUGUGAACGCAGAAGCCAACGACAGGAAGCUGCUGUACGAGGAGUGGGCCAGCUACAGCGUCUUCUACAAGUACCAGCCUAUUGGACUCAUCAGGAAGUACUUUGGGGAGAAGGUUGGACUAUAUUUUGCCUGGUUAGGAGUCUACACUCAGAUGCUGAUCCCUGCAGCCAUCGUUGGAGUCAUCGUAUUCCUCUACGGCUGUGCCACCGUCGACGGUAACAUACCGAGUAUGGAGAUCUGUGACCCCAGGAACAACAUCACCAUGUGUCCGCUCUGCGACCGCGCCUGCAGCUACUGGAAGCUGGUGACGGCGUGUGGCACAGCGCGAGCCAGCCACCUGUUCGACAACCCGGCCACCGUCUUCUUCUCCAUCUUCAUGGCCCUCUGGGCCGUUCUUUUCAUGGAGCACUGGAAGCGGCGCCAGAUGCGACUCAACUACAUCUGGGACCUGACGGGCUUCGGAGAGGAGGAAGAGGAGGAGCAUAAGGAUCACAACCGAGCGGAGUACGAGUUCCGGGUUAUGAAAAAGACAAUGAGACAGGACAAUUCCACUCCGAAGGGCGAGAAGGUGAAGCUGACCUGUACGGACCGAAUGCCAGCUUACCUGACUACCGUGGUGAUGAUGGGCUUCAUGAUCCUCGUGACGUUUGCAAUAGUCUUCGGGGUCAUCCUGUACAGGAUCAGCAUCAAGGCGGCACUGCACAUGAGCACCUCUACUGUAGCGCGGUCCAACAUCCGGGCCACUGUCAAGACCACCGCCGCCAUCAUCAACCUCAUCAUCAUCAUCAUCAUGGAUGAAAUCUACGGGGCCAUCGCCCGCUGGCUCACCACACUGGAGGUUCCAAAGACGGACAAGAACUACGAAGAGCGCCUCAUCUUCAAAACCUUUGUGCUGAAGUUUGUCAAUGCAUUCACGCCCAUCGUCUAUCUGGCCUUCUUCAGGGGCAGGCUUGUUGGGCGGCCCGGAAGCUACCUGUACGUGGUCGGCUCGUACAGAAUGGAAGAGUGCGCCCACGCGGGCUGCCUCAUGGAGCUGUGCAUCCAGUUGUGCAUCACCAUGCUGGGCAAGCAGCUCAUCCAGAACAACCUGUUUGAGAUCGGCAUACCGAAGCUAAAAAAACUGCUCCGGAGGAGGAAGUCUGACUUGGAGGAAGAGGUGAACAAAACGCUGCAGCGCCACGAGAAAGACCACAUGCUGGGUCCCUUCACUGGCCUCAGCCCCGAGUACAUGGAGAUGAUCAUCCAGUUCGGGAUGGUGACUCUCUUCGUUGCGUCCUUCCCUCUGGCGCCACUCUUCGCUCUUCUCAAUAACAUCAUCGAGAUUCGCCUGGACGCCAAGAAGUUUGUCAUGGAGCUGCGCAGGCCGAUCGCAGCCAAAGCCAAAGACAUCGGCAUCUGGUACAACCUCCUGAGAGGCCUCAGCAAGGUGGCGGUCAUCGUCAACGCCUUUGUCAUCUCCUUCACCUCGGACUUCAUCCCUCGGCUGGUCUACCAGUACAUGUACAGCGUGGACGGCACCAUGCACGGCUUCGUCAACCACACUCUGUCUUACUUCAACGUCAGCGACUUCCAGCCGGGCACAGACCCCAUCCAGCCGAUGCACCUGGGCUACAAGGUGGAAAUCUGCAGGUAUAAGGACUACAGGGAGCCCCCCUCGUCCAGCACACCGUACGAACUGUCCAAGGAGUUCUGGGCCGUCCUCGCCGCCCGCCUCGCCUUCGUUGUUGUCUUUCAGAACGUGGUGAUGCUGAUGAGCGACUUCGUGGACUGGCUGAUCCCGGACAUCCCCAAGGACAUCAGCCUGCAGAUCCACAAGGAGAAGAUCCUCAUGGUGGAACUCUUCAUGAAGGAGGAGCAGGGCAAAAGGCUGGCUGCGCGCGACAACCACAACCUCGACAACUUCGCCUCCCACUCGUCGGCCAAUCGGAGCUCGCCGCGGGCGCGCUCGCGGCCCGCCGCGCAGGACGUCGUCUGGGAGAACGAGCACCACGAGCGGGAAGCCAACGGGUCGCCCGUUUACAGAGUUUAAGCGGUUCAAUCGGCUCCUCAAAGCCGGGCCGUCAUAACAUGAUGAUCACUACACGUUAUUUAUUGGAUAUAGUGUAUUUAAGGGGAACAAGCCAUUAGCUUCACUUGACUCGGGGGAGGGGGGGGGGUCCUUUGCGAUGCCAUCGCCUCCGUCCAGAUGGUACCUCUGAGAAGAGUUUCCACCUGACGCGUGCUGUUGAGCUCAGAAACUUUGAGCGCAGAAAUCUUUUUACUUUUGCACAAUUAUAUACAAAUGCAGGAAUUUGAAUGAUGUACUUUUUUGAAUGUGCUGCGUCGUCGGCCUGUUGGGAUCUGUAAGACCUGCUGUGUUCAGCGGACUUUUUAUUUCGACUCCACUCUGCUGGUUGUUACGUUUGUUCGGGUUGUGGGUCUGUGCUCGGUGGCAUUUUCUCCUGGAAGCACAAGUCACAUUAUUAUUCCUUCCAAUGAACUGGAAUUAAUAAAACUCUGAUUGGCGCGAUUUACAGCACAAACAAAGUGACGCCAUUCUACAUCUCAACUCAAGUCUUUAGUAAUCUAUGUCUUUCUUUUUUGCCUCUUCAGGGGAGUGAAAAAAAACUGAAAAAACACAAUAUUCUCACUGCACAAAAUCCCCAAUUGCAAAUAAUUAUUCUGACAACCAUCAAAGAGCAAGAACUCUUUGGCGAAAUGAAACCUUUUCUUUUAGGUUUUUUAUUAUUUCGCUUUAUGUCCCUUACUGCAAUCCCAAUGUAAACAGCAAAACAAUCAGCUGCAGCAUUGAAAAUCACUUCUCAAACUUGUGUUUUUACUCUAGUGAGAUUUCAUAACGGGACUUCUCCUUGGUGUGAAGCAAUAACAAACAUACCAGAUGAAGUAAAAGUUCUGUCCAUCAUGUAAUCUGAUAAUUACAACCUGAGCGAGCACUUGGGGACAAGUCGUACAUUGCUGGUGAGGAGUUUCCCCCAAGCUGCUGCAGCGUUCUCCCUCAAUACCGGACCCAUUUCAAAGGUUGGUCAUGUUGACACAAAUGCUUGGGACAAUAAGUUCAAAUACCAAAGUUACACUUUCAAAAGUGAUGAAGUAUCAGUGUUGUUUUCGUCUUGCGUCUGCUGCCAUCUGGUGGAUGCAAAAUCUGUCAAUGCAUGUAUAAUUAUAAUCAAACUCUGUAAACAAGAGGAGGGUCCAGCAUUUAAUAUUCUGUAACUCACUUGUCCUAUUUGUCUGUUUUGGACAAUCUGCAAAGCAGAUUAGUUUACUAAUCCCCGUCCAUGUUGACGGAUUUUUCAUCCGACACAUUUAAAAACAAGCCAUUCACACCUUUGCAUAUCGUUGAGAUGCUCAGCUGUAUUUAUUAGAGUUUUAAGCUUUGAAGUUGUGCACUAAUAAUAGAACUUAAUAUUAAAAGUGUAGCGAUGCAUGCAGCGUGUGCCAUUAGAGAACUGCAUCUUGGGACAAAGGGGAUUGAGGGAUCAGGAGCUUCUUAAAAGGACUCAUUUUCCUCGUCUUGAUUACUCUGGAAAGCAGAACAAGGACAGUUAUGGAGCGACUCUCCCACCCUGUAUUAUAUUGUCCUCCCCGGCUGGUUUGAGCGUUCCACUCGUCACACAAAGGGAUACAAGUCAAACCAGGACUGCUGUCAACUUUUCAAGCACAAAAGACUGAAUGAUAUUUCGUAUUUAUUAAACUGCAAAAGAUACACACGGGAGCGACUGGAUCCCACCUCGAAGAACGGACACGUGCUGCAGACUGAACGAUAGGAGCCACAAGCACGCAGUGAUGUGUCAAAUCCGGCCCCCCUCCACUGUACAUAUCUACUUACUCCCAGAUUUAAGCCCUCAACUCUGACUGCCAGAAUGUAUUCUUAUUAUUUUUAUUACAGUGAUGUAUAAUCACUUGUUGUGAAUGUUUUGAAUCUUUUUUUUUUUUUUUAUCAUUUUGUGACGAUGUAUUUUUGAGUGAUUGAACAUGUUGAGGUUUUAUCAGCCCUCAAGGGACCAGUGAUCUAUACUCUGUUGUAGUGUCUUCAUUUUAAUCAUGUAGAAUACAUCAAUACAGAACGUACUAGCUGUAUUUUGAAGGAAGCCGCAAAAGGCCGUUACUUCUUUCCAGGAUGUCACUUUUCUUUGAUCAAAUCUUAUACUCUGUGUGCACGUAGGGUUAGCGUUGAUACUCACUCAUAGAUGGAGUUGUCUCUGGCUGCAAGACGUCCUUUUGUUGCCAUGUUGAAUGUACAACAUCAGUUAACACUGCAAGUUGUGACAUGCCGGAUAUCUACUAUAAUGUAUGUCGAUGCGCAUUUCAUGAGUGUCUAUGCACGUGUAACCAAUCUGUCCUUGUCUAAUAUUUUGAGUUUUUUUUCUUUUCUGUAUACCAACUCCAAAUAAAUGAGAGUACAACUUA